AUGUAUAGAAAUCAUCCAAACGAAGCAGAGGAUCGAAGAUAUCCAAAGGAUAACGACCUUCCAGAAAAAGUAUCAUUACCGAAACUACCUCCAUUAGAUACAAGAGAAUCAUUUCUUGAAAGAGCUGCUAAAAAAGAUUCUGAUGAUCUGACUAUAGGAUGGACUCCAAUCACAGGGAAUGAUGGUCCUGAUUCAUCUUUAUUCUCCUCCAAAACUCCCUCACCAAAGCAACAAUCAAGAACAGCAAUAAAUAGUGCCAGGUAUAGUGGCCCAUCACCCCCAUUACGACCUCCUCCUCCAACACCCCCUCAGUCAUCAUCAAUCUUAAAUAAUAGGACUAGAAGGCGACCCCCUCCACCUACACCAUCGCCGGUGACGUCUCAAAAUUCUUCACCAUUGAUCUAUAAAUUUGAUCAGCAACGUUUGGUCGAUCAAUCAUCACCUACGCUCUCACGAGAAAAUAUGCUCCCGCAUAAUAACAACAAUAUUGCACGUAUUUAUCAUUCACCAGCAAAAAACUCACCCUCCUCUAGUACCCCACGUUUACCUAAUCUUCCGUCACCUUCUUUUUCUUCUCCUUCCCAAAAUAAAAUGUUACCAACAAUAACUUCGAGUAAUAAACAUUCAAGUUCUGGCGAGAAAGAGCUACCUUUAACUCCUAUUGAUUUCUAUAAACCACAACCUUUACCAAUCGCAACCUUAGAACUAAGGAAAUUUAGUGAUUCAAGUAGAAAUUCCGAUAGUAUCGAAAGUUAUUAUUCAGAUUCAAAUUAUUCUUUCAAUAAUAGCACUAACAAAAAUAAAAAUCCAUUAACAGCAGCAACAGCAACAACAACAAGUAAGAUUCUAUCCACAUCUACAACAUCAUCAAGAGAUAUUACUGGAAGUGAAUUCAAUUCAUUAUUAGGUGGGAAACCAUUAGAUUUCGUACCGAGUAUAAUCCAACCAACUCAACCGUUCUCAAUCAAUUUACUAGAUGAAAAUAAAUUAUAUCAAUGCUUUACUAUUUAUCAAUUAUCUGACAUUUAUGAAUGGAUAUUGAAAGUUUAUUUCGAAUGGUUUAACGAAUAUAUCUUUACUAAGAUUAUUUUUUAUCAAGUGGUACAACGUCUUUUAGAAUUCCAAAUUCCAAAUAAUUUUAAUCAAAAUAUCAUUGAUGAUAACGUCGAUAAAAUCAUAGAAUCAUUAAUCCAAAAAAAUGCAAUAAGAUUCGAAAACAAAAAUGAACAACAAGAAGUACGAAAGCAAGAACAAAACGAUGAAGACGAAGAUGAAGACACUAUAGUCAUCAUUGUGGCUGGUUUGGAUAUCCAAGGUAUAUUUACAGAAUUACUUCCUUGUUAUUCAUUCUUAGAUACAGAUUAUAAUGAUCUAUCAAAUACAUCAUUGAAAUGUUAUUCAUAUACUUGUAAUAACAAUUCAGUCUCCUCUACAACAACAACACCUCCAACUCUCGAAAAGAAAAAGCAAUUGGAAAUAUCAGAAAUUAUUCAUAAAUCAGUUGGCGUAUGGACUGAUUAUUGGCACUUAACUUCCAAAGAAUUAUCAAAAAUAAAUCCAAAAGAAAUUCAAAGACAAAGUUUUAUAUUUGAUUUAAUUAUUCUAGAAGAAAGAUCAUUAAAUAUGGCAAACGCUGCCAUUGAAAUAUAUGGUAAAAGAUUCGAUCCUGAUUUAUUACCAAAUGAACCAAAUUUCGCAUCAUUAGCAUUCGAUAUUUUCCAACCUCUAAUUGAUUUACAUAAAACGUAUUUAUUAUCACCCAUUUUUGAAAAAAUUGAAACAAACGGGAAAUUCAUUGAUGGUAUAGGCAAAAUUUAUUAUGAUUGGUGUAACGAAGCAACGGACAUUUAUAUCAAAUACGCAAAUUCAAUGGCUAUAGUACAUGAAAUUAUAACAUGGGAAAAGAAACAUAAAACUCCUUUCUCCAAGUGGUUAAAUGAAAUUGAUAACUCUAUUGAAAUUACAAAAUCAAAAAUGUACCAUGAUGUUAUUUUCUUUGGUGGUUUCUUUAAAUCUUUGCAGAAUAUGCCAAUUACCUUACAAUCAAUUUUGAAAAAUACCGAUCCUUCAAUGGAAGAUUAUGAAUAUUUGAAAAUGGUAAUUAAAUUGAUAGAAAAUUUGAGUGCAAAAGUUGAUAAAGUUCAUGGCGAUUCCAUUGAUCAUAGAAAUUUGAUUAGAUUCUCAACUCAAUUGAUAAUAUCAAAAACUAUUACUAAUAAUAACAAUAACAGUAAGAAAGGUUCAGCGGGAUACACUAACAUACUGGAAACAACAACAACAACAACAACAAUGAGUACAAACUCUCAAUCUGAAAGUAAUAUGAAAGAAGAACAAGAUAAUAUCAUCAUGAAUGAGGACAAGUUGGAUUUACAAUUAAAUGACCCAGGAAGAAAAUUACUUAUAUCAGGUCAGUUGUUGAAAAAAAGAGACCUUUGGUUAGAUCCUACCCCAGUUCAUCUCGUGUUAUUAGAUAAUUAUUUGUUGUUGACAGAACCAACGUUCAAAAAUAACAUGAAAUAUUACAAAUUAAUUGAGAGACCAAUACCAAUAGAUUAUUUAAAUCUAGAGAAAAAGAAAUCAGAUAAUAAUAAUAAAGAAACAAACAACGAUGAUGCAUCUCAAUCCAACAAUAACACUACCAAUAAAUUACUAAAUAGUCCAAUUUCGUCAACUCCAUUAAGUUCAGUAAGACCACGUUUAUUUAACACGGUUACGAAAACUUUCCAUCCAUCAUCAUCGCCACUAUUGAAUGAGAACAAAAAUUUAAAAAACAUAGCAACAUCCAUUUCAAAUGUUAAUCCAAAUGAAAGAGGAAAUUUUUCUUUCAAAGUAAGAAAUACUGCGACGAAUGAAUCAUUUACAUUUCUAGCAGAAACUCAUGAUGAACUUGAUAGAUGGGUCAAUACAAUAAUUAAUAAAUUAAAAGAUAUAAAUAAAAAAUCAUCAUCAUUUAAUGCUGUUGAAUUUGAAAUAUUAAGUACGGAUUUUGCAUAUGUGGAAAAAGAUGCUCCUAUAAAUUUACCAGUGGCUCCAGAAGGCUCAGAAAUAGAUGUUGCUUUAAAGAGAUUCAAUUGUAAUGGCACAGGAAUUCCUCCCAUCGCAACAACUAUAUUAUGUACGACUUUUUUGCAUAUGGAAAAUAAAAAAUUUCUAUUAAUUGCUACUGAAAAUGGUGUAUUUUUGAAACAGUAUGAUGAAAAUAAGAAACCAAUGACCAAGAUUUUAUUAUGUUCAAAUGUUAAAAAAAUGGAAGUUAAUAAAAAACUUGGAUUAUUAUUCGUAUUGGAUGAUAAAAAGUUAAUUUAUUUUAACUUACCGAGUAUCUUAGCAUGUUACUAUAAUCCCAAACAAUAUUUGAUAAACAAUUGCGUUGUUGGACUUGUAAUUAAAGAUAAAGUCAAUUGGUUUAAAUUUGCUGAAGAUUUUGGAAACUCUAGGCAUUUAUUUUUUGAGAGAAAGGGGAGGAUUUACGUUAUGACACCCGAAUUUGAUCAAAUUAAUCAAUCAAUAAAAUAUUUCAAAGAAUAUAAAGAAUAUAGACUACCAAUAUAUGGGAAUAAUACUGGUAGUCUUAAUCUAUCACAUGAAACAAGAGAUAUUAUAGUGCUGAAGAAAUGUUUUUUAGUUUGUACAUCGAAAGGUGUCUAUGUCUUCAAUGAUAGCUUCAAUGACGAUGGAUUGGUGAUACCUAUGUUCUUAUGUGGUCAAAAUACUAUUUACUCGGACUCAACGACAACAAUUGAUAUGCCAAAUGCAGAGAAAAUGCUAGAGUUUGUUAAAAAUGAUAUUAUCAACAACAAAACAAGACCAAUAACAUGUUUCCAAUUACCGGAUUCAAUGGAAUAUUUGAUUAUCUAUGAUGAAGCUGUGAUUAAGAUGAAUCAUCAUGGCCAAUUGGAAAAUUGGAGACAAGAUAUCUUAGUCCUUGAUUUUUAUUGUACCAAUGCUGCAUUUUAUAACGGGAAUCUAAUACUUGUUGGUGAUAAUUUGAUUCAAGUUUAUAACGUGAAAAUACCUAACAUGAAACUUUGUAAGAUAUCUCCAGUUCAAAUUAUCAAGGGAAAAAAGAUCCAAUUAGUAUCUUCUGAGAAGUGUCAAGAUGUGACUUUUACUUUAAGCCAUCCAAAUUUAGCAGAGAGACAAUUGCUCCUGAAAUGUAAUCCCUGUAAAAAACAAUAG